AUAAAACGAUCAUAACAUAACAUUCCGGCAUAGUCCCUAACACGAACAGUACUUUUGUCGAACAGGUAGUGUGCACACUGCAAAACCAUGAAACGCAGCAAAACAACAGUCUUAACAUUCGCUGAGAAAUGCAAGAAUAUAUUAACAUCAAAUUGGCAAGGUUCUCUUAAUACUAUCAAAGUAGAUGCCAAAGAUAGCAAAGGAAAUAUCCAUACAUCUAAGGUUAAAUACAUACUUAGAAGGGGGCAGCCAUACCUUUGGGUGCCAGAAAAUGAUUUGCAUAAUAUGAACACAAUGAUUGAUGAGCGUGGUUCAUUUGCUGUGACCAGUCCCUUUCCAGGCCGAUUAGGAGCCAUAUUGAAAUCAUUGGAAAAGUUACCAGCACGGGUUGCUUUAUCUGGGGAUGUUCUUCCUCUCAAAGAAGAUAAGUCCAAGUUGCUCACUGAGAAACUCCAAGAAGUUAUAUUAUCUGAGCAAAAAGCAACCAAAGAGUUUAGUUACACUGUUUCUGGAGUACUAAGUUCUAGUGGUAGCCGUACAUCACGAAGUGGUAAUCUUCAGGAACUAUUGGAAGACACCGAAAAAUAUUCCAUAUACAGAUUUAAAACGAGAUCAUGCACAUUUAUUGAUGCCCAUGGAAGCACUUUUGAAGUGGAUGUUGAAGAUUUAGCAAAAUGUAAAGCUGAUCUAUUAGCUCCAUUGUCAGCGAAGUUGAUUGACGGAAUUAACCAAAGUGAGGCUAGGCGUAGAGCCCUCGUGCUUUUAUGUGUUGUUCACAUGGAUGCCAAUGCAAAGGAUGCUUACAUGACAUCCGUUGAUCGCAAGGGAUUCAAUGUUCUGGCAAAAGUUGCCGGUCCUGUUUCAAACGAUGGUGUUGGUCAAUACCUAUGGGAAGAGUUCAGGUUCAUGUUCGAAAAAGAGGCAAAUGAUGUUGAAAUGUUCUGUAAUAAUCUGGUUGAAAUGGAACAAGAGGUCAUCAAUAAGGUUUCGGCCUUUAGUGGACUAAAUUAAACAUGCAACCUUGGUUGGAUCCUUUUCUUUUGUUAUAAUAAUUUUGUUUUAUGCUAAAAGAUGAGUAGUCGCGGGACAUUGUACUUCUGACUCUGAUUAUUUUUCAUGAUGUAAAGAGCUGUUACUUUUUACUUCUUUUGUAAACGAGAAUGAAGUUCAAAAGCAUCACUAUAAUGCUGAAUAUUUAGCGUGUUUGCCGCUACCUCUAUAUUGCAAACUUAUGAAUUGAUUAU